AUGUCUCAAAAUUCAUAUACAUUCGAGUCUAAUUCAUCAUCAUCCACCGAUAGUGAAGAUGGUGAUGACACUAAUAAUUUAGAAGUUGAAAUGAUUUCAUCAAUCGUUCAACGAAGCCACGAGUUACUUCAAGCAUAUCAACAUGAAACUGAAGUUCGUAGAAGAAGGAGGUUCAUCCAGAGAAAUCGUGAAGAUAGGCAUGCCAGACUUGUAAGUGAUUAUUUCUCUGACAAUCCAGUCUACCCGGAUUACAUAUUUCGUAGACGUUUCUGUAUGCGAAAAGAAUUAUUUCUUCUAAUUGUGAAUGCACUUCAGACACGAUCAUCAUAUUUCCAGCAAAACAUUGAUGCAAUAGGAAGACAAAGUUUGUCACCACUUCAAAAAUGCACAGCAGCUAUUCGUCAGUUGGCUUAUGGAGUCCCAGCUGACCACCUUGAUGAGUAUUUACGUAUGGCGAUGUUCAAAGACUCCUCCAAAUGCAUGAAGAAAAGCAUGGUUUUAAGGGUAUGCUUGGAAGCCUUGAUUGGCAAUUCGCAAGAGGGCAUGGGUCUCCUACGAUUGUCCUUGAAGCGGUUGCUUCACACGAUUUGUGGAUAUGACAUGCUUUUUUUGGUGUUGCAGGAUCACAUCCUAAAAGGAAGUUAUUUAAAGAAAAACAAGAAGCUGCUCGAAAGGAUGUGGAAAGAGCAUUCGGGGUGCUUCAGUCUCGAUGGGCAAUUGUAA